UGAGUGAGUGAAAGAGAGUGAGAGGGAAAGAUAGAGGGGCGGAGGGGCUGCGCCGAACAGAGGUUGGGUCAGAGCGCUCCGUCGCUUCAGACAAUCACAAGAGAGAGAGAGGGAGGUUGAUAUGUGACAGGAUGUGGUUUCCCUGAGCUUGCAGAACAUAGCCGAGGCAUACUUUGAGCAUGACUUAAACGCACGCGCUCAAAGUGUUUGCUGCGCACGGUUAGCUAGUGAGCCUCUAGCGAGGAUAGAACAAGCUGGCGGAGCUACUGAUCCCAUCCAGAUUUGAUUCUUCUCACUGUCUUUUUUCCCUCAUUUGACCGAAAGCCUCCGUUCGAGCUGUAUCGGCAGGACCUGAGUGAAGAAUCGCAGAGGAUCUGAGCGUGGACUGUUGCGCUGUGCUGUUCUGCUGUCAGUAGAAUGUGUGUGAUUGUUGGAGGAGCCGUUCCAGUGGCUUUCUCUUGAUCUCAACAGUGAACUUUCCAAAUCCUGUAGUCAACAGCUUCUGAUCAGGUAGGGUCCACACACACUCUGGGGAGAUGGGCUGUGGACUGAGGAAGCUGAAGCCAUCAGAGGAGAGCAGUCCAGGGAAGAUCUACUCCACCCUGAAGAGACCACAGGUGGAGACCAAGGUGGGCGUGGCCUACACAUACCAAUACGUCGACUUCCUCGUCGGGAAAUACGAUGGCUCAUCUACACUGUGUCUUUCGUCUGUGCGGGAGCUCCCAGCCCAGCUCCAGGACCUGUACCAGCAGGGCUUCUCCCUGGUUGCCGUUCACCCCUUCAUUCAUCCCUGUGGUUCCAACGCAGUCAGCCCCCAGCACCAGCUCUACAGGGCCGUGCUGAUCCGACUCGAUGAUGGGUUGGAGAAGAGCCAGUCGAGCUGUGCUCCCUACCGUCUGCAGCUGGAGCAGUGUCUGUCUACCGACCAGGUGCCCACCCCUGAGCUCAUCCAGGGCUAUGUCAAGAAGCAGAUCCAGGAGGCUGCAGACCAGGGGGUCAUGUUUGUGGGCUUCAUCCAGGAGCCGUGUGGGGUACGAGGUACCCAGACCAGAGAACCAGAGACGCCCUCCCUCUCCCUCCACUCCAGCCCCAGUUCCGUGCUAGGCUCCCUGAGCAGCCGAAGCCCCACUAGCCCCCGGACCAAUGGAGAACCAGGAGCCCAGGAGCAGGCGAUGGACACUGGGGGCGAUGAGGACCAAGGCUCCUUAUGUAAGGGUGGGGAGGGGGAGGACCAGACUCGGGACACGGGGGGGAGUGAGACUGCUGUCGGGGAAAGCAACCAUGAUGGGAGGUCCUCUCUUCCCAUAACACCAUCCACAGAGAGCGAGCAAGAUCAUGAUCAGGAUGUUAUAGUGGAAGACACACUGACACACAACAAUAACAAGACAAACUUUGUGGAACUGAAGGAGAAACCAAGCUGUCACACUCAGAGAGCCAGUGGGGUGGAGCUGCUAGCCCUGUUCAACCACCCAACUGACCGUGAGGGCCAACUGAAGUACUACACUGGGAAGGUACCGCUGAGGGUUCAACUCCGUGACGAGGGGGUCAAAGGGGUGGAGGCCAACUGGCUGGAUCACAUGACUCAGCACUUCAACAACGGGGCCUCGCUCGUUGAUGGAUACUUCCACCUGGGCAACGACAACGAUUUGCAGCCUAAGUCGGUGGAAAGCGUCUUCAUCUUCCAGGAGGGGACGGAGGGCGGCGACCAGAGCGUGACCACCACGUACGACGCCAUCGUUGUGGAGCAGUGGACUGUCAUUGACGGCCUGCAGGUGAAGACAGACUAUGUUCCCCUGCUCCAGUCUCUUGCCAUGUACGGUUGGAGACUCACGUGUGUGCUGCCUACACCCAUCAUCAAGACCAACAGUGAUGGAAGUUUGGCCACCAAGCAGGUCGUUUUUCUUCAGAGACCUGUCCUUCCCCGCAAGAGGGGGGACUCCAAGAAACUGAUAUUCAAAAGCAAGGCCAACAAGAACUCUGUUAAAGACGCGUCAAAAAACAAGAAGAAGAAGAAGAAAAACAAGCAAUCGGCAGCAGAGAAAGAUCUGGAAGAGUCCAAGGUUCUUGACGACGGGGAAAAGGUGGUCAAAGAGAGCAGGAACGUGAAGGAAAACAAGGGGAGCGAAGAGGAGACAGUGAAAGAGACGGAGGUAGAGGCUGUGUGUAAAGAGGCGGAGGCUGUGUGUAAAGAGGCGGGGGCUGUGUGUAAAGAGGCGGAGACUGUGUGUAAAGAGGCGGAGACUCCCUGUGAAGUGGAGGAAGAGGAAAAGGUUGAGGCAGAAACUGAGGAAGGGGUAGAAACUGGGAAGGAGAGAGAUGGAGCUGCAGGAAAAGAUGACAAGAGUGACAAAGAGGGGAGAGUGGAGGAAGGAGAAGGAGCAGGGUCAGAGACUGAGCAGGAAAGACGGGGAGAGAGAGAAAAUGUGCUGGCAAUUGAUGAUGAAACCGAAAUUAUCAAGGGUUCAGAGGUGGAGGUGGAGACCAAAGAACAAGGGCAGAAAGAGGAGAAAGGGGGAGGAGCUGGAAUGGAAGUGAAGGAACAUGGGGUUGAGACUAAAGAAGAGACAAAUGGAAGGGAAGAAAAUGGAGAAACGGAGAAUGUUGCCAUGCAACAAGACCCACCUGACCAGGAAGAACAUGUAGUGCAGGAAGAGGUGCAAAAGGUAGUAAAGGAGGAUGGACAGGUCAAAUUGACCAAUCAAUGCCCUGAAGAGAGUCAAAGGUCUGAUGUGUAAACCUCUUCAGACAUCACACCUAAGGGUUCUCCUACCCAUCAUUCAUGUACCUACCAAACAUCAUAACCUGAGAUAGGGGCUCCAGAAAGUCACCAUUGAACAGCCUAUAUUGCAGCAACAUCCUCCUACCAUGUAGUCACUCUAUCCUCUGCAGCAGACAUCUCUCCACAACGGACACAUCUCUACCACAGAUGGACACGCACCAGUCUCUCUCACAGCCUCAGACUGAUACCACAGAUGGACACGCACCAGUCUUUCUCACAGCCUGAGACUGAUUCUAUACCUACACAUAGUGAAUGUACAUAACUGGGAAUGAUGCGGAGGAGACUAAUGUACGAGAGUCGCUGGAUAUAAUGGACAAGUUGAUGGGACCAAUGGAGCUUGGGUCUGAAGAAACACAGACUUUUUAACCUGGCAAACUCACUUGUCCUUAUUUGUACAGUACCAUAGUGGUACAGUUACUGUAUGUCACAUGGGUUUAGAUGAGGAGAACUGUGGGAAAUGUAGUGGCUGUUGCGACGGGCAAUCCAAUGCAAGGUGAAUGGAACUUUAUUUACUUUUAGCCCGUAAUGUAUAGUACUACAGAUGAUUCUGAUAAUCACUCUGAUUCUUAUGGUAGGCACGAUACAUUCACCUUGCAUUCCGUAUGUGUCAAUAUCCAAGCCAGGUAAAGUGUUUGAUAAUGGAGUAAAUCUGCAUUGACUGUGUGUGGGUUGAGUGGAAGUGAAAUGUGAUGAGAACCAAACUUGGAAAUGUUGAGUCAACUUUGAGAGUUUAAACACGUUUGAUUUGAAUAGCUUUUCCAAUCAAUGGUCAUUAAAAAGUACUUGGUAAGGUUAUGGGCUGGGCCAUGACUGGAUGUUCAAGAUGGUAACAGAGCACAGAGGAAGUAGAAAAACAAAAAUGAUUGCGCAAUCCUUUUUAAAUGAUUGAGCUGUGUUCGAAUUGCCAUUUUUCAUUGACAUUGGCUUUAAUAUUUCACCUCAAGCUUUUAAAAGCCCCUCUUGACGUUGUCAUUUCUGACCAUACCAAAAUCAUAAUGUAGUCUUUCAAGGUAUCAUGUUGCUUUCCAUUUUAAAGUGGUGCUGCAUCGAUGCUGUGUAGAGAAAUCAUUAACCGGCUAAUGGACUGUCAGCGGGGUGUCAGUCAAGUCAUACAUUUAUAAUGGGGGCCACUUAUGUGGCUAUUGACAGUGGAAAAUCUCACCUCGAAAAAUAACAAAUAGCACUUAAUCUGGAUUGUGAUUUUCAUAGCGAUUGAUUUUUCUUGUGCUGCAGUUGCUAAGCAAAGUCUGUGGAAACCUGUAUGUUUACAGAUGAAUAUAGGCUUGUCGUCGUUUUCUAAAUGUGGUAUUUUUCUGAAUAACCGACUGUCCCGAAAUGUUCAUCUCAAUGGCAGAUGUAUUGUAUAGAAUUCCAAACUGUGACCAGGAUAGCCUUAUUAUGAUACUGGGCCUAAAUCGUCUGGGCCUAAGUUUGACAAAUAUCAAGGUGGUUUCAGUGUAAUAGCCUGAGAGGGUUGCUACAAUCAGUGUUUGAAGGUAAGUUCAGUGUUCUCUGUUUUAGAUUUGAACGGGAGGUAAGGAAUUUAGCUUUACACGGUGUUGUUGAUGGGGAAGUGUCUGUUUUUGAUUUGAAGUUAGGCUCAGUGUAUUCUGUCGUGCUAACGCUAGCUGAAGUGUGCUUUCUAAUGUUCAUACUGGAACUAGCUACCUCCUUAGGCAUAUUGGGGAUUUGUAGCUAUGGGGUCAUCAUUGUCAACUUUUCCCACCAUAUGGUCCAUGCUGUGGGCGUGAGGUCAUUACUAAUGGCCAAGUGGUCAGGGGUCAUGUUUGAACCAUGUUUGAUGGAUUUUCCACAGCUGCUACUUGUUCGAGUACAAAGAAGUUUCCCACUUGUCAAAAAGCAGAUUUGAUAUGAAGUCAGGAUAUUUCUUAUUUUAUGAUAUUAUCUGAGGUAUUGUUUUCUCCAGCGACACUUCGUGUUAGGCUAUUAUGAGCUUUAAUAAGCACUUGUUUUAUUCAACAUAUUUUAUUUAGCUUUGCGGGUCACCGCUAGAGAGAUAAUAGAAAUGACUUGUCAGUUUUAAUAUUUGUGAGACUAGGACAAAUAUGAAUAAGAAAUGGCAUUCUAAAACACCCCUCUGUGAUAAGUGAAGAGAUUACCUGGACCCUGAGACAGAUUUCCCCAUUGGGUUCUUAUCAAGUCAUUUUUUCUCUUUAAAUUUAGACUAAUCGCUUUCUGCCCAGAUAUAAGAUCAUGUAGGACUGUCAUAUUUCCUUAUUCAUACAUUGUUUAUUAUGUGUUCAUCAGUUCUGUUGUUCAUACCAAUUUGAGUCUUUUUUAAAUUGUAUAUAUCUGUGAUCCUUGUUCCUUCGUAUAUUAUUUUACACUGAGACAAUACUGCCUGUUCAAGUACAAUGUACAUUAAAUUAUGGUAGGAAAGUGUGGAACCAUACAGCCAGGAACUAUCAGGUGAUCUCAUGCCUUUACAUCAUUGUAUUUUAACACCUACAGCAUUCCGGUUGGACAUCCAUUAACAUGGACAACUGUAACCUCCACAGAGUUGGGUCAAAUGACACCAGGUCCUGUAUCCGUUUGUAUUACCUGGGGGUCGUGAACUCCAUGCCCUCAUCUGUCGUGAUAAGAGAUGAUUAGUGAUUUGUACAUUUGCUCAGCUUUUACAUAAGUAGACUCUGGGGAGAGUGGGUAGACUACAUUUUUCCUGAUACUGAAAAGCAAGGAUAUGGAGAGAAAAGUGAAGCAGGAUCUGUCACUUCAUCAGUUAAAUUAUGCUGAAUGUUGUUUACUUACCCUUCCGUGACGAGUGAGACCUGUGACUAACGUAGACCAACCUCAGCCUUGUCUAGAACAAGCGCCUUCAAACCACUCAUGAAAAAAAGGUAAUCUACUAUUUCCUGUCUUUAUGUAACCAUAAUUGUCUAAAGCUCAGCAGUCAGUGGCAGUGCAAUUGUUCUUGAUAAUGCUGUGCAAAAUGUGUGUUCCAGGGUUCAUUUCCUGUGUGUUAUGAUGUGAAAUGAACAGAUUAGAAAUGACAGAAACAUGAUACAGUAGGAUGGCAAUCUCUUUAUGUUGUCACUUUAGCUUGCUCAUGGCCUCUGGAAUUGUAUUGCUAGGUUUCAUCUCCGAUGUUGCUGUUUUCAUCACCUGCGCUGCCAUUUUGAAUGUUGAGUGUCUUUGGUCAUCGGCUACCGACACGCACUGCAGUGUUUGUAAAAACAAAGGUAUUCUUUGUAUUCGAUUUUCAUGGAAAUGUCCACAUCCCUACUGUUCAUGACUGUACAAUUUGUAUAUUAUAAAAUUAUUUAUAUUUAAUGUG